UUUGUUGCUCUACAUGUUAUUCGUUUACAGUAACUGUGAUUGAUUUUGUUAUUGUUUAAUUGCGAGCUUAUUUCAUCGUCGGUUAUUUCGAGAUCAACUCUGAUGAGAACACAGGAUAGUGAUGUUUGGUUUAUGUGUUUUAACGGUAACUUAGAAGAAACACUCUCUGAAUGGCUGGUUAUAAUGCCUCUGCCAUUCAUAUCCCUGAGGAGAAUUACAAUAGCAAAAAUUGGAAUCGUCGUUUUGUUUAUUGCAAUUUGCGCUGGUUUCUCGUAUAAAAAUAACGUGUGCAAAACUUGGUCCGAUUAUACUAUCAAACAUGUCAGCGAUUCGUGCAAGUAUAAUCCAGAUGUCAAUGCAAACAUGAUUAGUAUUGUGCAAAGAUACAACUACAAGAUCCAAACUCAUUACGUUCUUACCGAAGACGACUACAUCUUGACCGUCUUCAGAAUAGCCAAUAGCUCGAGUUCAUUCAAUUCUAAUAGGCAACCGAUCUUUCUGCAGCACGGCACUAUCUGCUCUUCUGAAAUCUGGUUGCAACGUGGCGAAGAUUCUAUAGGUUUUCAUCUGGCGAAUGCUGGUUUCGAUGUAUGGCUUGGUAAUACUAGAGGCAACUACAAUUCUCCCGGUCACAAGUUCUACACUACUCAAGAUUCGAAGUUUUGGGACCACUCGUUCGAUGAAUUGGUUCUGGACAUUCCAGCAGUAGUUUCGUAUAUUGGUAAUAAGACAGGAAGGACUGGAGAUCUCUUGUAUGUGGGUCACUCAAUCGGAAGUACUCAGGUGUUGGCUUAUGCUUCUGAAAGACCCGAUCAAGCCAAAAAGAACUUGAAGGCUAUGAUCCUUUUCGCCCCGGCUGUAUAUCUGGAUAAGCAAGGUUUUCUCGUCAACUUGGUGCGUUUUCUACUCAACAUACCAUUACCAUUCGAUAGCGUGGAUGUACGAUCUCCUUUAAUUGCGAUGAUCUGUUCUUUCACUGUAAUAAACAUAAACCUGUGUAGAUAUAUUUUCGAUUUGAACUUUGGAAAUGAGAACAAUUUAUACGAUCCAGCGUUGUUUCCGAUUAUGCUAGCAUCAUUACCAGAUAGAGAAUCGCUGAAGCCUUUUGUACAGUACAUCCAGUUUGCAGAUACGGCGGAAUUCAAGAAAUUUGAUUACGGAAGUAAAGGUAAUUUGAAAAAGUACGGAACCGAGAAACCGCCCAAAUACGAUUUGGGUAAAAUUUCCGUUCCAGUAUACACGUUCAUAGGAACCUCAGAUGAUUUAACACCAUUUAGUAAUGCGGAGACAUUCCACAAGGAAUUAACUGUAUAUAAUGAAAUUUAUGCUUUACAGAAUUAUUCUCACAUGGCUUACUUUUUGGAUGCAAAUGCUAAGGAAGUUUUAUACAAACCGUUCUUUAAUCUUCUCGAAAAACUUGGGACGAAAAAGUAAUUUUUCACCUAAAAUAACAAAUAAAAUUGUUACUAUGUAAUUUAUA